UGCAACUCCCUAAUUAUGCACGAAUACAUUCAGUAUUUCACGUGUCUCAAUUGAAGAGGGCUGUGAAUGCAGAUGUGCCAGUGAUGACUUUGCCCAAUUGUUUGACUGAUUCGAUGGAGUUACAAGUUCACCCUGCUUCGGUACGAAAUGCUAGGAAGCUUCUGAAUGGGAAGAUUGAAGUGUUGGUGGAAUGGGCCAACCUGCCUGAAUGUGAGUGGUCAUGGGAAGACAUGGAGGAAUUGCAAGAGUUGUUUCCAAAUUUUCACCUUGAGGACAAGGUGAUUGUUGGAGGGGGAGGUGUUGUUGGACCCCUAAAAUGGGUUUAUGAACGUAGGAAGAAGCAGAAUAAAGGCAAAGGCCAUAGUGAUCAGCCCAUUGCAUUGGCAGAUUCGGACAAGCAGCCCAUGACAGUAAAUGUGCAGGCCAUGGCAGAUUCGUUGGGUGAUCAACAUCAGCCCAUUGCUUCUUCGGGUGGCCAAGGCUUGGUGAAACAGAUAGUGCUGGCUGUUGAGAAGAAAAGCACUGCAAGAGAGUUUGUUAUAAAAGAGCACACGUGGCAAGCGUUGAAUGGGGCAUACCAUGUGGGAGGGGAAUGGGAGAAGGGAAUCAGUGGCUAAAUAGGAAAAAGGGAGUAAGGGAAGUUAGUUAAAAAGUUUGUAAGAAAAGUAUGGGUAGCUUGAUGGGGAGUGGGGUUUUCUUCCUCGUUGAGAGUAACCAUUGUUAGUAGCUGAGUAUUUUACUGGUUCAGUAUUUGUAAUUUCCUUCAAGGUGUCUCAAGCGGUCCGUUGUCAGUAGUCCAUUCUGAGUACUGUUUCAUUGUUGAGCGUUAAUCACUGUUUGUAAGAACUCAAUUGCAAUUCAAGUUUUAGUAUAUUUUCCUGUUUAUUAUCUGUUAAUCUUCUGGUGCCAUCAGAUACCAUGUCAAGUAUUCAUCCAACACAAACACGUUAGCUGAAUCCCAGAUGAAUAUAGACAUUCCUGUGUUGCUGCCUGCUGUCCAAGGUCUUUUUAAACACAUGAAGCUCGAGAGCAGGAAGUGUACAGUCUCCUUAUGGAAAAUCAUUUUCAAGACAGUCAUCAAUUGUUUAUUAAGUAAAAGUAAGAAUCUCUCUAACGAGGAACUUAUCAUUUCAGAUAACUAAGUACCUCCCCAUG